AUGGCCCGCAAGCCCAGCAAGCCGCUCGUCCUGGUCCUGGACUAUGACGAAACAGUAACCUCUCGGGACACCCUUGCCCUGCUGGCCAGAUGGGCCCGCGCCGACUCGCUGGCCAUUCCUCCCGAGGCGGUCUCGAACCAUCCGGAUCUGAGCGGCUGGCAUGCCGUCGUCGAUGCUUAUCUUGCCGAUCUCGCUGGCUGCAAGGCUCGACAGCAGCAGCAGCAGCAUUUCGGAACCCAUGUCACCCUCGACGACUACAUCGGCGCAACCCGGGAGGUCGACCAGCGGUCGAUCCUGCGGGUAUCUGCCUCCCGGGUGCUGGCGGGUAUCAAUCGCUCGCUCAUUCGGUCCAAGGUCGAGUGUCUCGCAGCGUCCACCAGGGACCGGUCCGGUGCCGACGGCGACAGCGAUGGCGACGGCAGACAUUCGUUCGUGCAGCCGGGGUUCUCAUCGUUCGUGCAGGCGUUCGAUCGGCACUUUCCCGAGUCCAUCUAUGUGCUCUCCCUGAACUGGAGCAAGGACCUGAUCCAGGCCACAUUGUCCCAGUGCGGCAUCAGCGUUGCAUCGGACCGGAUCCUAUCAAAUGACCUGGAGUUCACCUCGCCCCUCGAAGGCCCAGCAUCGCAGAUCUCGACUGGGACCAUCGUCGGAGACAUCCACAACGGCGUCGACAAGGCACGCAAGCUGAAGGAGCUCAUUGCUGCAAAGGGCCUUGGGACCACAGUCGUCUAUAUCGGCGAUAGUGCGUUUCUUGGCCUCAGUUCAUCAGACCUUCCAUGUGCUAUCGCUGCCGACAUUGGCAUACUCAUCCGGCGAAGCUCAGCACUCGACGUUUGCGAGCGCUUUUCGAUUCCUGUCGCGGACCUUCCCAGAGAUAUCGGUGCCUGCAAGCAGUCUGUUCUCUACGUUGCCCCGGACGGCUGGCGAUCUGUUGGCCAGACGAUGCACUUCACGACGCUCUAG